UCACUCUCCAAAAUAUUCCGUCAAUCUCAAGAAGAAACUCGAGCAAAAACCUCCCCUCGGCAGUCGCCAAGGAGCCCUAUCCCCAAAAAUAUCCGACUCCAAAUAAAAAAAAUGACGAAUGAACCCAACGAUUCACGGAAACACGUGUUGUUGUCAACUGUCGUCCAUUCCCUCCCGGACUGCCUUACCAACUGAAUAUUCGGAGUGGGAGAACGGCAAGAAAAACCGAGUGGACGACACGUCGAGCUCUUGCUGCUGCUCCUCGUGAAUUAUCAUAUUUUCCUCGUAGCAGGUGCCACAUACAUGUCCCCUCGUGAAUUUAAUCCCCCGAAAAGUGUUACCGAAGACACCUAGACCCCCGGAUCAGCCGUUCCACUGCGAGGGAAGAAGUAGCAGUCUCUCUUGGCGAGAAAUAGUGGAAGCAGACCGAGAAAGGCUCGUCAUUCUCACGGGCCAUUGUUUAACACGUAAAAACAAGAUCAAAUGAAUUAAUAGUCGCAGUAUCAAAGGUUAUGGUUAUGUCAUUUGCGUAAUAUGGCGUCCUCCGAGGUAUCAGACGAUGGACAGGACUGGAAGACCAUCGAGUACAGAAUAUACAAGUGCUCGAGUUAUUCACCCACUUAUGUGCCAGAGAACAUUCUCGUCGAUAAACCGUUGGAUCAGUCCUCUCGCUGGUCGUCGGACAAUGACAAUCACCCUCAGUACCUGGCCCUGAAGCUCCAGAGGCCCUCGAUCGUUCGCUCCAUAACAUUCGGAAAAUUCGAGAAAACCCACGUCUGCAACAUGAAAAAGUUCAAGAUCUACGGUGGAAUGGAAUACGACAACUUGAUGGAGCUGCUGAAAGGGGGCCUGAAGAACGACUCGAUAUCGGAGACGUUCGAGCUGAAGCACAAAAUCGGCAGGAACGACGUAUACUACCCAGUCAGAUACAUAAAGAUCAUGCCCCUGCAGUCCUGGGGGCCAAGUUUCAACUUCUCCAUCUGGCACGUUCGUCUCACGGGGAUGGACGAUCCCCUGGUGAUAAAGCCUUGCAUAAAGUACGUGGAACAGUACUUCCAGAACGAGAUUAUAAGACUCUGCAUGAAACACUUUCGGCGGCUGGAACAACCCCAGGUUGUCCAGACCCUGGAGACGGUGGGAAAUGUGAAGCUAGAGGACCCCCGCCUGUCAGUGCUCUACGACAUCCUGGUGAAACGUGGAGACCAUCACGAGGCCGAGCACUUCAUAACAAACGCCAUAAGCGUCGGAUUGCUGGACGACUACAUAAACAGCCAGCCAUACCGAGCAGUCUGGAAGAAGAUGUCGUGUGAGGAGCCCCGCCCCGGGAUGCGUGGUGGUCACCAGAUGGUCCUGGACUCCGCAGCGGAGACCCUUUACCUCUUCGGGGGUUGGGACGGUACCCAGGACCUGGCAGACCUCUGGCAUUACGACAUAAAAACCGAGAAGUGGUCCCUGAUCUGCAAGGACACCGAGUCAGCAGCUGGUCCCAGCGCUCGUUCCUGUCACAAGAUGUGCCUGGACCCUGAGAAAAGGCAGCUCUUCACCCUGGGAAGAUACCUGGACACCCAGUACCGCACCCCAGAGAACCUGAAGAGUGAUUUCUUCGUCUACGACAUAGAGUCCAACAAGUGGACGCAGAUAUCAGAGGACACUGGAGCCGUGGGUGGUCCCAGAUUGAUCUUCGAUCACCAGAUGUGCAUGGACGUCACCAACAGGAUGAUAUACGUCUUCGGGGGAAGGGUGCUGGUGCCCUCUGGAGCCACUGAGGACGGUGGCCCCAUCACCACUGCUGAACCCAUCUUCUCGGGACUGUACUCGUACCACGUGGCCACCAGCACCUGGAACAUCCUCGCCUGUGAUAUCGCCAGACCCAGUCCCUUCAGUGUUCCAAUCAUCAGGUCACGUGUGGGCCAUUCCAUGCUGUUCAACCCAGUUGACAGGAAGCUUUACAUCUCUGCUGGGCAGAGGAGCAAGGAGUACCUGAACGACUUCUUCACUUAUGAAGUUGACAGUAAUAUGGUGGAGCACAUCAGUGUCACUGACUUUGGGGGACAGGACUCCAACCACAUACCAGCAGCUGGCUACACCCAACGAGCAACUAUUGAUCCUGUUCUGGGGGAGAUCUACGUGCUCUCUGGGCUGAGCAAGGACAAGGACAAGAGGGAGGAGAAUGUGCAGAACUCUUUUUGGGUUUAUAAGAUCAAGAAGAACAGCUGGACGUGUGUCUAUCGUAAUGAGAAUGGCGGGGAGAAGUACUGGAGCAAAAUGCAGGACUACGAGCCCUGUCCACGUUUUGCUCAUCAAUUGGUUUAUGAUACUGAUAAGAAGGUCCAUUAUCUCUUCGGGGGAAAUCCUGGGAGGUCCUGCCUGCCCAAGCUCAGGCUCGAUGACUUCUGGCAGCUGAAACUCUGCAGGCCCAGUCAGGAGCAGAUACUCAAACGAUGCAAACUCAUUAUUCGAAAGUACAAGUUCAAGGAAUUGGCACUCAGCAGCAGCAUCGAGGCACUGGAGUACCUUCAGAGGGAUGUCUCGGAGAUUAUCGAUCAUGAGGACGAGGGGCAGACGAAGGAGUUCCAGGCCCUCACUUCGGUUUUGUUCAGGGAACAGGAGAGGAUCGCCGAUCUCCAGGGGGGAGAGGAGAGCGGGCUCGAGGAGUCCAUGGAGAGGGAAUUCCAUCAGAGGAGGGCUGAACUUUUUGAUAGGCUCAUGGAGUUCUUUCCAGAGACUCUCACACAACCCAGGGCCAAUCUCGUCGAUCUUCUGCUGUUGUGACACAGGCGCUGAAGGGCUCAGCCUUCUUGAGGGCUUUUUUCUUCGUUUUUAUUUCGUGCAUUUCUGGUGAUUGACCCGCGUGGGAACAUACUCAUUUCAAUCAACUCGACGUACGAAAUUUCGGCGGGUUUUUUCGUUUUAUCGAUUUUUUAAUGCUACUAGUCCGGAUUGGAGUGCCUCAGGAUGGAGAGGAUUUUAUUGGAAAUGAGGAUUCUAGCGAAUGUAUUUUUUUUAUUGAUUGUCUCACAUGUUGCCCUGUAUAUAGUGUACCUUAGUAAUGAGACGUACGAAGAAAUUUGAUGGGAGAAAAUUCUGUUGGAGUUGUGUCGGUUUUUUGAUGAUUUUAGUGAAAAAUUACAGUUUUUCUGCAAGUUUUUUAAUGAAAGUGGUUGAUAGAGAAAUCUAUACGUUGACUUGAUUUUUUUAAUAAAAUAUCUCAGUAGCUGGAUCGAAAAAUGGGGACUUAUGAAUUUUUUCUCCUGGGAAAUUUGUAAUUUUUCAAUAGAAUUGACAGAAAAACAUCAGAAUCUCAAACGAAAGACGUUUUUUAUUGAAUUUUUUCGUACGUAAAUUUUUUUACUUUCAGUUUGCGAUAUCAUCUUGACGUAUUACAGGAUAUGAGUGAUAGAGUUUAUGAUAAGCUGGAAGAUUGAUAAUUCUCUGUGAUAUGUCGAGAUACAUCAGACUCGAAGUCAUUGUUAUAGUUAGUUGCAGUUAUUGAGAAUGAAACAUGACAAAGUAUUCUGACGUACUUGAAAUAAGCUUUAUGUAAAGUCGGGAUUUCUAAUUGUUAAUAUGCUCCUAGAUAUUAUUCAAUUAAACGACACUUCAGCCUUUUUUUUACAGUCAUCAUCUUCGUUUAUGUUCUCCUCAACAGGUAAUUGAGAUAUUUUGGUGAUCAUUAUUUAUAGAUUAUGGACAACUCAUUUUUUCGUUAUAUUUUUUAAUGCCGACGAAUUUAUCGAGUGCGAAUGGAUAAGUUUAGUGAGUUUCUUGCGAACAUUCGCGUGCUUCCAAUGAUCUCCACUCUCAAGCAGCUAUUCGGUUAUCAUAAUUAAUUGUUAAGUUCAUCGUGAUUAUGCAGAACUGUAAAUAUUGUUCAUUAUGCGCUGUUGAAUAAUAUCUAUCGCCAUUACUUGGAUAUGAAAUUUUGUAAUAAACACUCUUCAUUAAAUUAA